GGUGCAGGUUGUGUUACAAUAGGGCUGUUGUGCUGCUACUGAAAGGAUCCGAGCCAGCUAGUGAGCUUUGCAAUGAAGAGAGAACGAAUGAAAGGGAGCGACUGAUGCCUGUGCCCGUCUCGUCAACGGAACACUGUGGGUUGAGCUGCCGAAUCUGUUGUUGUAUAUGGUUUGAAGGGAUGAAAGAAAAAGAAGCUCUUUGCAGAGUUGCCAGGUAACCACAUAGCAGUAACACUGUUGUAGACUAUGGAAAGUGCUGGCAAGUAGCAUAAGACGCUUCUUGCAAUCAGACUGAUUUGUAUCUGGAUGUACAAGGAUGAAACGUCAAAGGACAAUAACCAGCAGUGACAGUUCCGACAAUGAAAGAUUCAUUAACCCUUUGGCGAGCCACUUGGAAAGGGGUUACGAGCUACCGGUAGCUCGCGAGCGACGUGUUGGAGACCCCUGAUAUAUAUUAUUGCCAUAACAGAAAGUGAUGAGCCUAGUUUGUGAAAUAACAGCAUUCCAAAAGAAGCCCUUCCACAUCCUUCUCAUCUGGUAAAUAUGUUGGCAAAACGGGUACAUCGAUCAACGAGCCAAAGAAACCGGCUGAGGUGUUUAGAAAAGACCUGAUUAGUGCCAUGAAGCUUCCGGACUCUCACUACAUUAACCCUGAUGAUUACUACCUCUUGGCAGACACUUGGAAGGAGGAGUGGGAGAAAGGGGUGCAGGUUCCUGCCAGUCCAGACACUAUUCCACAGGCAUCUCUCAGGCUCGUUGCAGAGAAGUCAAAAGAGAACCUCUUCACACGUCAGAGAAAAUAUAUUCAGUGCUCUGCUCCAGAUCCUGUUGAUACUGGUUAUGUGAACAUUGUAGAGCUAGCUGAGUCUGUAUGCCAUUAUGACUUGGAUGACAUGGAUUUAUUUUGGCUGCAAGAACUUAACGUAGAACUGGAUGAGAUGGGUAUAGGAUAUAAUCUGGUAAAUGAAGAUACCAUGGAGAAAGUAAUGGAGGCUCUGGAGCGUCAGUGCUAUGACAAGAUGAACCAUGCAAUUGAAACAGAGGAGGGGCUGGGCAUAGAGUAUGAUGAAGAUGUCAUUUGUGAUGUAUGUCGCUCUCCAGAUAGUGAAGAGGGCAAUGAAAUGGUUUUCUGUGACAAGUGCAACAUCUGUGUACAUCAGGCCUGCUAUGGAAUUGUUAAAGUUCCACAAGGCAGUUGGUUGUGCCGGACAUGUGUCUUAAGCAUCCAUCCACAAUGUGUUUUGUGCCCAAAGAGAGGUGGCGCCAUGAAAGCAACCAGGGCAGGGACUAAGUGGGCACACGUAAGCUGUGCUUUGUGGAUACCAGAGGUCAGUAUUGCCUGUCCAGAAAGGAUGGAGCCCAUUACCAAGGUUUCUCAUAUACCACCAAGUCGCUGGGCACUGGUCUGCAGCCUUUGUAAGCUGAAGACAGGUGCUUGCAUUCAGUGCUCUGUGAAAAGUUGUAUCACAGCUUUCCAUGUGACUUGUGCAUUUGAAUACAACUUGGAGAUGAAGACUAUUUUGGAUGAGGGGGAUGAAGUCAAAUUCAAAUCUUACUGUUUAAAGCACAGCAAACCUAAAUCAGGAGAACCUGGGCAAAGCCCUUCACACCCCAAACCAACUACAGAGACUGAGAAGACUAGUCUUAGGGCCCAGAAGCUGAAGGAAUUGGAGGAAGAGUUUUUUGCUCUGGUACAAGUGGAAGAGACUGCUGUUGAACUUGGCCUGCCUGAGUAUGUCCUGGACUUUAUCUUCCAGUACUGGAAACUUAAGCGAAAGUCUAAUUUUAACAAGCCCUUGUUACCACCCAAUGCGGGAGAAAAUGCACUUUUGCACCCUAAAGAAGAUAGCAUUCAUACACGCAUGAGAAUGUUUAUGCAUUUACGCCAAGAUCUUGAGCGGGUAAGAAAUCUCUGCUACAUGGUAAGCCGGAGAGAGAAGCUAAAAUUAUCUCACAGCAAAGCUCAGGAGCAGAUCUUUAGUAUGCAGGUGAAGCUUAUCAACCAGGAGCUGGCUACAGGACUUCCUUUGUCAUGCCCUCCAGAAAGUGUUCUGUUCAGAACUCCUCCCAGAAUAACUUUGAAGUUAAAGAUGCCAAAGGUGAAUUCAGGAACCAGUAAAACAGUCUCCAAGUCAAAAAAUGGACCCUUGUGCCCUGAUAACAGUGGUAAUGUUUACAAGAGUAGUACUGUUGCUAUGCUCAGCCUCCUUAAAGCCAGUGAGAAACUUAAGUCGCAUCAUCAUCGAGUCCACAAAGGUGAUGAUUACAAUGGUUUGCUGUCAAGCUCAGGGCAUUCUCAGCCUGAGACAGUAGGAGUUAGCAAUGUCUUUUCUAGUACUCCUCGUGGGAAACCUUCAGCACUUCACAUCGGUAUGCAUGUCCAGUCUUCAAAUGGAGACAGUAAACUUGACCAGGAAAGGGCUUGUCCCAGCAAAUCCAAUGGAGUGGUAGACAAGGCAGUGAAACACAGGGACAGCUCCUGUCAAACGACAUAUGAGCAAGGUCUAUCUAACCAUUUUUCUGUUCAGGGAGGAGGUACUUUUCGAAAGUCAGCUAUGGAACAUUUCAGCCGCUCUUUCAAAGAGGUCACAGACAGCCUUGUGAGAACAACUGAGGACUUAAGGAGUUCCGAAAAAUCCUCAAGAAAAGCUGCCACUAAGGAGCGCCUGUGGGCCAAAUCAGUCCCUGAGAGACAGAGUGGUAGCAAACGCUCUUACCAGGAGAGCGAUGGCUACUGUCCAGAUCUUGAACUGAGCGAUUCUGAACCUGAGAUCAAUGACAAGCGUAAGCUUCUACUCCUACAGCGCAAUAGCUCAGAAUGUGAAAGUCCUGGUAGGAAUUUUGGCAAAAGCAGCAGUUGCAACAAACUAAAAUUAGUUCAGCGUUCAUCUGUGCAAAGGUGAUGACAAAACUGGAAAGAUAUUGUAAUGCUGCACGUCUUGAACAUUUGUAUUUGUCUUUCAGAGCUUAAGACAAAUGAUGUGCCAAGAGUUUCAUUGACUGCUCAACAGCAACUGUGAGUCACUGUUCUGUCUCAGAAAUGAUCUUCGAUCAUUAAGCUGUUGUGUUAUGGUGCUAUAUAAUUACGGUUAGAAGAGAUUUGGAGAAAGCGUUACUGCCAUGAGGUGUGCACUGUGUAAAAAUUUUUUUUACACUGCUAAAAAAAAAAGUAUGUUCUGAAAAUGUGACUUGAAUUCAUGUAGCUGGUUUUCUUUGGGAUUUCACUAUUAAAAAGAGAUCCAUUAAAAUAAUAAUACAAUUAUUAUGAAGAUGAUUACCGACUAGGAUAAAAGAUUACCUCUGCAAAAAUGGUGGGCAGAUAGAUUUGAGAAUGCACAUUGAAGUCAAACCAUUUUUGACCUUUGCUGUGACUGAGUCGGGGUUUAUUUUUCCUUUUUUCUUUUGUUCUUUCUUUUCAGCAUUAAAAUGUAAAUAAUGAGUCAACAACCCAUAAAAGAAAAGAAACUAUACUUAAAAUGUGUUUUUAUUAAAAAAAUUUAUUUUUAAUUGAGAAUGAAUUAUGAACCAAUUUCUGUAUACAUUUUAAAUCAUUUCCACAUACAAUAAAAUGAUAGAGGAGUUAUCGGAAGCACCUUCCAGCCUUGAGGACAUCAUGAAAGGUGAUGAGCAUCCCUUCCUAAAAGGUUUUUUUCUUCUUUUUAUAUGACUUGUGUCGACUUUACAUUUUCUUUUGCCUUAUGUUCUUGCUUGUUAUUAAACUACAAGUUAGAGCCACAAAAUACGUUUCUAUAAAUCAUCCUCGUUCUCCAUUACAUGACAGAAAGGUACAUAUGACCAAUUUAAAAUGUUUGCAGUGACCCUCUAUUCAUAGGAAGGUUAAAGGAUGUGGCACUUUUGAAAAACUAAAUAGCUUUAUGUAGUUCAUGGGUUAGUGAGCCUAUGGUUGAUGUAAUAAUUGGAAAAUAUGAAAGCUUGCAGGGUUGUCUGAGACUCCCAAUCACAUAUACAAAGAUGAUUGUACACACUUGAAAACCACAGGAAUGCUUCAAAAUAAUCUGCUUUUAUGUUUAUUCCUGAAGUAGUAAAUAACAUGUAAGUGAUCUGCUCAGUUACUACUUCUGCAGAACCAUCAAUGCAUCAUUUAAUUCUUCUCGCAUUCCAAAAGUGUACAUGUUCGCUUUGAGAUCAAGUCCAGAUUAGCCAUGUGUAGGAGUACGCAUGUUUGUGGAUGCACUCCAUCACUGAAUACAGCUACCAGAGUAAGCUCCCCCAUCCACAACCAUUAUUGGAAUUUAAUGGGUUUGGCAGCGAAAGCAUGAUGUGUUUUAGAUAUUUUAGAGAUAGGAAGAAAAAUAGUCUGUCCUAGCAGGAGUAUAUGAAAGCAUGAGUUUGCUUUGGAUUAAGUGCCAGUUCAUUUCAGAAUACAAAUGCCCUCUAAAACAGACUUGUAUCGCUGUAAGAGCCAGUGGUCCGGUCACUAUUUGUAGAGAACAAAUGAGAGCGUCUGCCAAAUCGGAGAGAACAUGUAAAAUAUUCUUCUUGUGGAGAAACUGGCCUAGCAAUUGCGUAUUUUCACAUGCAGUCUCCCUGGUGCUGACAGCUGCUAUAACACCAUAGUAAAAUGGGGAACUAAAACAGUGAAGGUAUACUUUGAAAUAAAUAGUUAAUACAGAUUUCAAGGUGUUUCUGACUCGUCUUGAGACAGAAGUAGUAUCCAUCCAUCCAUUAUCCAACUUGCUAUAUCCUAACUACAGGGUCACAGGGGUCAACUGGAGCCAAUCUCAGCCAACACAGGGCGCAAGGCAGGAAACAUACCUCGGGCAGGGCACCAGCCCACCACAGAAUAGUAGUAUUUUACGUUAAUUAUUUUAAGAUUGACCUUUAUCUCAGGCUAUCACAUAUAUAUCGAAUAUAAUGCUAAACCCCCGCCACCCAGCAUCAUCACAAACUCAAGGACAUGUCCUACUCCAACAGACUGGGAGAAUGAAACCUUUUUAGUCUCAGACAUGCAUGGGGCGUAAUCCAGAUCUUCAAAGUUCUCAAAGGCAUUGAUAAAGUAGAUCCAGCAGAAUUCUUUUAAGUUAACUGUGAAUUACAUACUCGAGGAAACCAGUAGAAAUUAAGGGGAAGUGCAUUUAGGACUGAAGCCAGGAAGCACUUCUUUGUUCCAGUUUUCUACCACACUAUAAGUAUAAACUAUCAAGACAUGUAGUUGAAGCAGAAACCUUGACAACCCUUAAGAAGUCUCCUGUCAUUUGUAAAAUUUCUUGUGAUUCUUGAAAGCCUUUAACCAGUGUAAAUUCAUACAAAGAUGUUUGUUUCCUUAUUGACAAUCAUUGCAUUGUUUUUGCUACUUUAUCAGCUUUAAAAUAAAUUUAAUAAGCAGGCUGAAGCAGACCAGACUGGUUAGAAAUGAAUUUUGCAUAAAUGACUGAUAAUCUAACAUUUAUUUACAGAGAUAUAUGUAGAUGCAGGGAGCAGGUUACUAUAAUGAGCACUGUGGUUACAAUUGGCACAUGCAAUAAGGAGAACAGGAGCUGGUCUGUUAUACCCCGUGUUUCUCAGAAUUAUUACUGUAUAUUAAUCUGACCAGCUGUAAAGUGGAAAGAGUCACUAAGGUGAAACUAUUUGUCUCGAUACUAUACUGUAGUAUUGCAUUACACAACGUUUGUGUGACCAUAGCAGGUAUUGUUUUGAGCUAACAUACCCAAGAAAAUCUAGUUGUGAUGCCAUUGUAGUUGAUGUCUUAAGAACCUAGAUAUACUGUAUGAGAACAAAUGAAAUUGUUGUUUCUGUUCUUUUUAAACGCACACAUAAAUUAGCUAUCAUAUGCUAGAAGUUGUGGUAGGUAGAGACAGUAAAUAAUUAUGUUUGAAACAUUUUAUAUACAAAAUAA